AUGGAUCAAACUCCGGUCGAGAUCCUCGACACCAUCUUCACGCUCGCAUGCACAGAUGGCGGAUUCACCGGAUGUUCACUUUCUCUUGCAUCUCGCCAAAUCGGAGAAAUAGCUCGCUCCAGUCGGUUUUACUCCGUAUCCCUCGACAUCUUCAACGCGCCGGAUAGAGUCCAAGCCUUCACCACAUGCUUCCUCGCAGAACGCGCACGUCCAGUUCAGUGGACGCCGCCUCGCGUGCGCCAUCUCCACCUCGUCUCCGGAGAGCCGUUUGCGAAAAUCCAAGGAAAUCCAAAACUGGACGGUGAUACACGGAGAACCGCUCUUGGAGAGCAAGCCCUCGCAUUGCUCGACCUGAUCGCGCCCGAUCUCCUCACCCUCACCCUCGUCGGGACGGUGUUCCCUCCGCCCGCCUUAGUUAGCAGCACACUCAACUUCCCGCACCUGCAGGAGCUCGCCAUCAUCGGCGGUAAAACGCGCUUCGCUCCCUGGAUCUCAACGUGCACCGGCGCACCCGCGUCUACUUCCGUCCCCACGUCCGCGGCGCCGGCGUUCCCACAGCUGACGCACCUCCGCGUCACCACCGAUCUCGACGCACAGAACUUGCGCACCUGGGCAGCGCGCGCGCCGAAGCUCGCGCACGUCCGCUUCGAGUGCAUCGACCUCAACACGCACAGCUGGGUCGGCGCCCACCGCGCGGCGCAGGGUAGCGAUGACCCGGAACCCAAGUUGCCGGCCCUCAGGACGCUGAUCAUGCAGCGUUGCCCCGGCGCGGUGCCACCAGAGCGCACGCGAAGGCCUGGGGUGCCCGGAUCGGGGUGGUCGAUGGAGCAGAUGUUCGCGGUGUACGAUGAGGAGCUGCAGAAAAUCGCGCUCGGUCCGUGCCGUGUCGGAAUACCCGCGCUCAGUCGCAACGAGGACGGAAGUCACAAACAUCCGCGCGGGGAGGUCUUUCGGAGGUGGUUGGAUCGGCUGGAGGGAGGUCCGGGGUGCUGGGGGGUGAAAGCGGAAUGGUUUGUGGAUGGUCUGCUAGGAGACAACGAGGAGUUUUCGGAGCACGAAGGCGAAGAGGAGACUGCAGCAUUUUCUUAG